AGUGUCCUAAGAAUAACCCUCCAUUUUCCCCUAGAGAAUGAUGUUUAUUUCUUGGUGGCUCUUUGGUGUGUCCCUCGCCCCAGCAAAGUGAAUGAUGUUUAUAUCUCCCACCCCUCCUGAUUUCACCCUGGAGACGCCUGUGCCCCCUGCACCUGGACAGUUCAGCGCCAAGAAUGAACAGACGCUCCCCUCAGCACCUAAAGACACACUGAGAUCAAACACCAGUGAGCUCCAGGCACCCCCUAAUGAAAUUGUUGUUGAAUUCUUCACUUCGGAGCAACAUUAGUGUUUAUGGAUAGCUUUCAGCUCUUGCUAAUGGUUAUCUACUCUUCAAAAUGGCUUUUCUAAAUUAAGAGGAUGACACAGAGAAACAGUUAGAGGUCUAAUGUGUACUAAAAGCCUGACUGGGGGCCUCAUUAAAGACUCACUGAAACAAAUUGUUUUCUCUCUUGGAGCUGACAGGGUUCUGCUGUUGAUAAUAUAUCAGAAGCGGACUAGGGCAGUGUUUCAAUGAAAAUAAAGAGUGACAGCAUUGAGAUUUACUAAGAGGAAUUACAGACCUGAGGAAAUAUACAGAUUAAUUUGCCAGCUGUCUGACACUCCACAUGGUGUGUUAAUGACAUGAAGAAAAAUAAAAACACAAAUUAAAUUAUGGUAUGUGCUUCUGUGUACACAUUAACAUUCAUAUAAACACUUGGAUAAAGCCAUUUCGACAAGUGUGUUCAUAUCUGUACGGUUUAUACAUAAGCAGUCAUAAUUAUAUGCAUGCGCAUAUGGUACAACUGUAUCUGAGCUACAACUGCUUGUACAUAACUGAGAUAUGAGACAUUUGUUUUCUUUUAACUCAACAUUUGAAUGCAUUUUUACCUAUUAAAUAUGAAGUAUGAAAUCAAUCAAACAAGCAAAAACAAAACUAAUAAAGAACACAAUACAGAAACGAUAUAUCUUCAGUAAAAGUUAGAUAAAAUGGAACAUUUUUCACUUAAUUAUUUCACAUUAAUAUGUCAAUAAUAUUCUAUUAAAUUAUUAUUUAAACAUAAAAACAGUGUAAACUCAAACGCUGAUCAUUAUUUCAAAAUAAAAUUUUCCAUUAAUAUUUUCUUUUUGCUUUAAAACGAAAAAACCUUUUUUUUUUCAAACUAACUAAUUAAUUAAUUAAUUUUACUUUUUGGGGGAUGGUGGCAAUUGUUUGCUUUAAUAUUUGUUGGUUUAAGGUAUGUAUUCAUUUAGUGUUGAUGUAGGUUUGUUGUGCGUAUUCCUGUCUUGUUUGUUUUGUUCUUGUUCCUGUUUUUGCAACGUUUGUGAGGGUGUGUGAAUGUGAAUUGUGGUGCAAAAUUGAUGAAAUGCUUCAAUAAAAAGUUAAAAGAAAGAAAGAAGAAAUAGAGUGACAGUAAAAGAAGCAAUAGAAUAAACCAAGAAUCCAGUAAAACAGCAACAAAGCUUGUAGAAGUACACCAACUACAUUUCCCAUAAGGCGUCGCGAUGAUACGUCAUCCAUCUGCGCUGAGCUGAGGUGGCGUUACACAGGAGGUAAACACGCCGGUUUAUUUCUGCUGAAACUGACUUUUUAAAAGAAACGAUAAAGAACGAAUAGAUGUUUUCACUCAAACUCGUGUUAUUAAUGGACGCUUUAACAUUUUCCUCAUUUGUUGUUUGUUUCACACAUUUGUUUCGCUUGUAAGCUAACAUAAUGCUACUCCGGGAUGCUAAUGCUAAAGUGAUUAAACGCCUUUACCUGAUCGUUUCCCUCACAGGUGGUCUCCCGGUUGCUCCCUUGACUUUUCCUCCUCCUCCUCUGUUCUCAUCAUGACCAAACUCCUAGAGUGGCUGUUCGGUGUCUCGCUUGUGGGCUCAGUCUGGGCUUUGGUCUCCUUCGACCUGUUGGACCUGAGUCUGCCGCAGACUUACAAAGACGUUGCCUGGCCGAUGCCGCUGUAUCUGCUGGUUUCAUUCGGCUGCUACUCCCUGGCCACGGUGGGUUACAGGGUUGCCACCUUCAAUGACUGUGACGAGGCCGCCAAAGAGCUGCAGGAACAGAUAAAGGAAGCCAAAGAGGACUUGAAGCGGAAGGGCUUAAAGAUGUAGAAGAAGAUGUAAAAGACUGUGUGGACACCCUAAGACACUGAAAAGGGAAACAUGGACCUCUUCAAUCACAACCAAGUGUCUGCUGUUGUGAUGUCUGAGUUACUUAAACUUGUGUGUAAAAUAUGUUAGAUGAGAUCUGAACACCUGAAGCAGAAAUCUUCUUAAAUUCUGGUCCUCAGAUUGGGUUAUUUAGGUUGUAGGAAUUAGAAAUGAACAGCCCAGUGGGUUGAUCUUGGUUUUCCAUAAACAGCACUUUGGUUUUCAACUCUGAUCAGUUGUUGUCAUUCCCACAUAGAAAGACCUUUACUAUGAAGUAUAUAAAUGCUGGUAGAUCCUCUCAUUUGUACAAGGGAAACCUAAUAAAAUAACAGAUCCUGUAUGUGGUUGCAAAGUUUGUACUUUUGCAAGUAGCACCUAUUUUUUCCCAUUACUGAAAUGCCAUCAAGUAAAACCCAAAGUUAACACUGGAAUAAUCAAACUGUUUAAGCUGGGAAUUCUCCGUGUCAACUCAAAGUAAAGGGACAUAGUGUGGACUACUGUGUCAAGAGUGUCUGGAGAUCAGAGCUUGUCAGAAUAAAUGGACUAGAUCUAAUCUGUGAAGAACUGUACAUUCCAUUAUCCGAUUUCAGAAAUGUGCCCUGUGGCUAUGACUGAGACUUCAUUAAAUCUGAGUAUUUUCUUCAUUUUUUUGCUGUCUACAAAUGUGUGUGUGUUUGUGGGUCAGGACCUCAGAUAGGACCAGGCAGAAAGUAUGUGUUCAUGAAUGCGUGCAUGUAUGACACAUUCCCAUGCCUAAGGGCUUAUUAUCAACUUCUCAAUGCCUCCUUCUGUGCAAGUAACAAAUCUCUUUUGUCCCAUUUUGUAGUUAUCAACAUGAAAUAUGCUGUAAAGCAUUUUCUAUGUUCGCCCACAGAGGUUUGUUCUAAUCAGACAAUGUAAGCUAAGGAUGUAGUUCUAAAGUAAUCUGAUGUUGGCAAGUAAUAUUUUCCCCUGUAAGCCUUUAAAGGCUGCCUGUGCUGAAUCCCUGCUGUGCACAAACAAAGCAUAGCCUGGCUCAAGGCAUCAUUAUGGGGUUUCAAAAGCUCCCAUAACUUUAGAACAAAUGCAAAAGAGUCAACACUUCUCUGUGUGCAAACUCUGCCCGAUGUACUGUUUGGCUGCUGCCCCAUCACGCCUUGCAGAGCUCCCCCCCACCUUCUCUCUCUCCCCAUGAUUGUCUGCAAGCUGUUGCAAGAGCAGACUGGAUGAAAGGCAACCUGUUAUUUACCAGAAACUCUCUUACUUUGGCAAUUACACCAAAGCCUUUUCUCAGUAGGCAGUUGUGUUCUUACUCGUAGCCACAUGUGAACGAGUUAAUCACUUUUCUUUGUCCCUGUUCUUUCCCAAAUCCAACUUUGAAGGCA